AUGAAUGUCCAUUUGGGUUUGGAAAAUUCUGAAGAUUUGUCCAGCUCAGACCAGGAGCUAAUGCACUCCCAAGGCAGGACUUUACAUCCCCCAGUUCCAAGACCAUCUCUUGUGUCCAGCAUGACCUCUGUGUUAGAUGGAAAUGACUACCAUCGCUCAGAACACCACCUGGCUACCUCUCUGCACCCUGGACUUGGGUUUGGGGGAGAUUCCCCACCUACAUCUACCAACAGUUACACUACUCUGACCCCGCUUCAGCCUCUCCAUGAAAAGUUCCAUCACCACCAGCAUCACCAAUGUGUCCCAGUUGGGAACGUAAUUGGGAGUUUCACUCUCAUGAGAGAAGACAGAGGACUGGGGCCACAUAAUAAUUUCUAUAGCCACUAUCCCAAAGAUAUAAGCAUGGGUCAAAGUUUAUCUUCCUUACCCAGCCCUAACCUUACUACCAUGCACAGCUAUGGCCAUGCGUCUGGGCACUUGGCUAGUGAGAAGAUGGUCACUGGAAAUAGCUAUGAUGCCCACCAUACUAUGUUCAACAGAAUUGAUCAGCACUUUUCCAGGGAGUUGUCCCCACCUCCUACCUCAGGAAUGGGGUCACCCAACAUGCACCAACACCAUUAUGUCCAUCACAGAACUGAAAUGAAUUGCAGACAAAACCCCUCCAUUUCAACACAAAACACUGCCCUUUCCAGCCAACUGGAAGAGAUAAACACCAAAGAUGUUGCCCAAAGAAUUAUAGCAGAGCUGAAGAGGUAUAGCAUCCCACAAGCCAUCUUUGCAGAAAGGGUAUUAUGUAGGUCGCAGGGUACACUCUCUGACUUACUAAGGAACCCAAAACCAUGGAGCAAACUGAAAUCUGGGAGAGAGACUUUUAAGAGAAUGUGGAGAUGGCUUCAAGAACCUGAGUUCCAGAGAAUGGCAGCUUUAAGGUUAGAAGCCUGCAAAAGGAAAGAGCAAGAGCAAAGCAAAGCAGAAAGAAAUACCGUUCCCAAGAGACACCGCCUAGUUUUCACUGACAUUCAGCGACGAACGCUUCACGCCAUCUUUCAUGAGAACCAACGGCCCUCCAAGGAACUACAGAUCACCAUUGCACAGCAGCUUGGUCUUGAGCUUUCAACUGUUAGCAACUUCUUCAUGAAUGCCCGAAGGAGAAGCCUGGACAAAUGGAUGGAUGAGGGGCAUAACCGUCCACCAUCCUCCGGCUCAUUAGUGUCCAAGGGAGGUUCGGCCAUCGCUUGCACCAAAGCAUGAAAAGAUACCAAUACUGCUACCGACCAAAGAUAGGAGCAUACA